AUGGCUGACAGGCGAGGUGGUGCAGCUGGCGGUGGAGGCAACCGCGGAGCUAAUCGUGGUGGAAGUCGCGGGGGUGAUCGGGGUGGAACUCGUGGAAGUGAUCGGGGUGGUAAUCGUGGAGGUGACCGUGGAGGCUAUCGCGGAGGUGACAGGGGAGGCUAUCGUGGAAGUGACCGGGGCGGUAAUCGCGGAGGUGAUCGGGGUGGAAACCGUGGAGGUGAUCGGGGUGGAAACCGUGGAGGUGACCGUGGAGGCUAUAGAGGUGGUCGCGGAGGCGGUCGUGGAGAUUCUCAGGGAGGCUUACCUUAUCGACCUACAGGAGGUGCAGGAGUAUUUGGUGGCGGUGGACCAAGAGUCUACAACCCUGGAGAGAUUCCUCAGCCCAGUACCGAGGUUGUCAAAGCCGAGAAUGACAUUGAGGCGAAGAUUCUCAAACCAAAUUACACGUCCUCCAAAGCCGAGUUCCCUCUGCGACCUGGGUACGGUACUCAGGGCCGGGAAAUACUUUUGUGGGCAAACUACAUGGAACUCGUGACCAAGGCCAAUGUUCCUGGCUGUUUCAGGUACAGCACUGACAUUGGCAAAGCGCAAGGACUUCCAAUUAGGAAGUGCAAACGGAUCAUUGAAUUGUUGCUGGAGCAGCAUUUUGCUGCUGAUAGAGCCAAAAUAGCCACCGAUUCUCGCUCCAACAUCGUCUCCAGAGUUAAACUUAGCAAAGUGACGCACGACGAUAAUGGCCAGGUAUUUCAAGUUCGCUGGAAGGCGGAAGACGAAGAAGACUACAGGGACAAUGCAGAUGUGUAUCCUGUCACCGUCAAAUUCAUUAUAGAGAUUUCAGUCUCCCAACUGGUGAAUUUUCUGAGUUCGUCAAAUGCAAACGCCGUCUUCGCAUCGAAAGCAGACGUAAUUCAGGCGCUAAACAUCAUUGUUGGCGAGUAUCCUAGGUCUCACCCUAACGUGGCCAGUAUAGGCUCAAACAGACACAUGAGCCUCCAACCUGACCGGGAAGAUCGCUUUGCGCUUGGAGAUGGCCUCGAGGCUAUCAGGGGAUACUUUGUUAGUGUUCGGGCUGCCACAGCAAGGAUCCUUGUGAAUGUUCAGGUCAAAAACAUUGCUGUCUACGAAAGCGGUGGCGGUCUCGUUGGACUCAUAAAGAGCGCAACAGCUCGCAACAACAAUCCUUACGCACUGGAGAAAUUUCUAAAGACGUUGCGUGUACAAGUCACGCAUCUCGUUAGGAAAGGGAAACCUCGCCAGAAGAGCAUUUUUGCUCUGGCCAACCGGAACGAUGGGCCCAAGAAAAAGAAGGGCGAACAGGGACGCGGACCACGAGUCAGUGAUCAUGGUGCUGGUCCAAAUGAUGUCGAGUUUUGGAUUGAGGAAGCAGCGCCGAGCAAAGGCAAAAAGGGGCCAUCAACAGCCGGAAAAUACACCAGCGUUGCAGAUUACUUCAAGUCCCAGUACCGCAUUGAAACUGAUCCCAAACUUCCUGUUAUCAAUGUCGGAACCCGUGAGAAGCCAUCAUAUCUCCCAGCAGAGGUGUGUCAAGUGAUCGCCGGUCAGCCUGCGAAGACGAAAUUAUCUCCAUUCCAGACAUCCAGCAUGAUCAAAUUCGCAGUUCGACCUCCGCAAAAGAACGCGGAAUCGAUUGUCGAUAAAGGCACGCGCCUUUUGGGAUUUGCGCCAACUCGGAACAAUGUGCUGCAAAACUUUGGUCUUGAUCCGACUCCUAAGCUCAUUACAGUGACUGGACGGAUCUUGGUCUCUCCGCAAAUCAGUUAUGGAAACAAGACAAUCCAGCCGGAUAGAGCCGACUGGAAUAUGAACAAGACUAGCUUCAAGACUGCCCCAGCGUUAAGCAGUUGGACUUGGGUAGCGCUAGAUGCUGGGUCGUUAACGAGAAUCUGGAACAACCCGAAUGCGCUUAAUGUCACAUUGAAUUCUUGGACUAAGGAACUCUCGAACGUCGGAAUCCGUGUCGACAGCAAACCAUCGGUUGCUGGGAGAAAGAUCGACAUCGCGAGUGAUGAUUGGGAAGUGCAGAUACAAAAGGUUGUUGAGACCUUGGCCAAGCAAAAGCUCGGUUUCGUCUUGAUCAUCCUGCCGUACCGCGAUACGGCAAUUUACAAUGCAGUCAAACUGAACUGCGAUGUGCGGUAUGGGCUUCGACAUGCUUGUGUCAUCGCGGACAAGUUCGCUUCCAAGGGUGUUCAAUACUACGCCAAUACCACGCUGAAGGUCAAUUUGAAACUGGGCGGGACCAACCACGUACUCGAAAACAAUCAGCUGGGCAUAAUUGACGGAGGUAAAACCAUGGUGGUUGGGAUUGAUGUGACCCAUCCCUCGCCGGGAUCAGCCACAACUGCACCGAGCAUUGCGGGUAUCGUGGCUUCCAUCGACAAGAACCUUGGCCAGUUCCCGGCAGAGCUCCGGGUCCAGACUGCAAAGCAAGAAAAGGUCGAUGCUCUUGACCUUCUACUAAAGUCACGAUUGCAAUUGUGGCACAAGCACAAUAAAGAAUACCCGCAGAACAUCAUCGUCUACCGAGACGGCGUCUCCGAGGGACAGUACGACAUGGUCGUGAACGAGGAGCUACCUCAGCUCAAGAAGGCCGGCAAGGACCUGUACCCUGCUACGGAGCAGAAGAAGGGGUUUCCCCGUAUCUCAAUUGUCGUGGUAGGCAAACGCCAUCACACGCGAUUCUAUCCGACAAGCGAGAAAGACGCCGAAGGCAGAUCCAACAACCCUCCCAACGGCACCGUUGUCGACCGCGGGGUGACCGAAGCACGCACCUUUGAUUUCUUCCUGCAGGCUCAUCGAGCCAUGCUAGGCACAGCCCGACCGGGCCAUUACAUCACGGUCUACGACGAGAUUUUCCGUAGAGAGAAACCCGUGAAACCGCUAAUGAACCCCGCAGACGUUCUCCAAGACCUCUCUCAUCGUCUCUGCUACACUUUUGGCCGCGCCACGAAAGCCGUCAGCAUAUGCCCGCCAGCGUACUACGCUGAUCUGGUGUGCGAGCGAGCCCGCUGCUAUCUUUCCGAUAGCUUUGAUCCGUCUAGUACCGCGGCCAGUGUGUCCGGCUCGACUGAUUCUCAGCAGCGGAACAUCACGCAAGCCAUGGUUACUAUUCAUGAGAAUGUCAAGGAUACGAUGUUUUACAUUUAG